AUGCGCCUCCUCUGCGCCCUCGUGACAUGCCUCCUCCUCACACUCCGCGGCGCACGCGCCGAGAACCGCUUCCGCCGCCCGCCGGGUCCCGGCCCCGCCGGCGACUUCCGGGAUAACCCUCCAAAAACAAGGUCGCUAGGCAUGCUCUGGACCGUCAGCUACAACGGCUUUCCCUCGCAUUUCGACGCGACAAAGAGCCCCGUCUACUUCAUCCAGAUGUUCAAGUCGGGCGAUACCGUGGGCAACAUCACAUCGCACUACUUCAACAUCACCGAAUCCGCAGCCGCCUCCGCGUCUUCGACAUCGGCCACGGCCUCGUCGACUUCCAGUGUAUCGGUCGGGUCUACGGCGAGUGCAAGCCCGAGCGCGUCCUCGGCUGCGGAGUCCACGGACAAGGGCGUCUCGACUGGAGCUGUCGCUGGCAUCGCGGUCGGCGCGGCCCGUUGCCGGGUUGGCGGGGUGGAUCUUCUGGAGACGCUGGCGGAAGAGGAACGCGGAUGGCUCUCGGGGGCGCACGAGGCCGUGGGCUCGGACGAGAAGGAGUAUUAUAGCGGGCCGGUGGACAGCCAGGCUCGCUAUGAGGUGGAUGGUGGGCCGGCAUUGUUUGAAAUGCCGGGGGAGAUUCAGGUUGGGCAUAAUCGAAACACGCCGUGA